UGAGAAUCAAAGCAGAGAAGUAAACGUCAACAAUUGUUGAUGCCGGUUAUAAACACAGCAUAUUUUGGCCAACGUUUAGCUUUUUUUCAGGAUAAAAAUCUAAGUUUACGCAGCAAAUGUGUAAAUAGUCCACAAAAUGAGAAUCAGCGUCGACGGUUUGCUGGUGUAUUUCCCGUACGAGUACAUCUAUCCGGAACAGUAUGCCUACAUGCUGGAACUCAAGCGUACGUUCGACGCGAAGGGCCACUGCCUGUUGGAGAUGCCCUCGGGGACGGGUAAAACCACCACCCUACUCUCGCUGAUCGUUGCCUACAUUAUCGAGUAUCCGCACAUCGUGCGCAAGCUGAUCUACUGCUCCCGUACCGUUCCCGAGAUCGAAAAGGUAAUUGCCGAGUUGAAACAUCUUAUGAAUUACUACGAGAAGCAGACGGGCGUGCCACCCAACAUAACGGGUUUGGUGCUGAGUUCGCGCAAGAAUAUGUGCAUCCAUUCGGAGGUUAGCAAGGAACGCGAUGGGAAGAUUGUGGACGCCAAGUGUUACGGACUGACGGCUAGCUACGUCCGAGAGCGGGCCAGUUCCGAUGAAUCGAUAGCUGUUUGUCAAUAUUUCGAAGGUUUUCAGGCGGAAGGAAAGGAAAGCACCCUCCCGCCGGGUGUCUACUCGAUAGAUGAUCUGAAAGAUUUUGGUCGGGAACGAAACUGGUGUCCUUACUUUCUAUCCCGGUUUGCGAUCAACCAAGCCCACGUUGUUGUGUACAGCUAUCACUAUCUGCUUGAUCCAAAAAUUGCGGAAGUCGUAUCGAAAGAGCUGGCCAGAGAAUCGGUUGUGGUCUGCGACGAAGCUCACAACAUCGACAACGUUUGUGUGGACUCGAUGAGUGUGAAAAUAAAUAGAAGACUAAUCGAAAAGAGCACGACCGGGAUUCACACGCUGGAGAAACAUGUAGCGGAGAUGAAAGAAGAUGACCGCAAGCGAUUGAACGACGAAUACCUCCGGUUGGUGCAAGGUCUCAAGGACGCGUCGUUUGCUCGGGAAACCGACAUGGUGUUGGCGAACCCAGUGCUCCCGUCCGAGAUACUGAAAGAAGUCGUUCCCGGUAACAUUAGGAACGCUGAUCACUUUUUGAGCUUCUUGAAGCGAUUCAUCGAGUAUAUUAAGGCGCGCCUUCGGGUGCAACACGUUGUUCAGGAGAGUCCCGCGGGUUUCCUGAAAGAUGUGCAGCAGAAGGUUUGCAUCGAACGGAAGCCGCUGCGUUUCUGUGCCGAGCGCUUAUCGUCGCUGCUGCGGACACUCGAGAUCACCGAUCUGACCGAGUUCGGAUCACUGACGGUGAUAACAUCAUUCGCAACGCUCGUCUCAACGUACACGAAAGGAUUCACGAUUAUCAUCGAACCGUUCGAUGAUAAAACGCCAACAGUUUCCAAUCCGAUACUGCAUUUGAGCUGUAUGGAUUCAUCAAUUGCGAUGAAACCAAUCUUCCAACGGUUUCAGAGUGUGGUGAUCACUUCGGGAACGCUUUCCCCGAUGGAUAUGUAUCCGAAAAUACUAGACUUCGAACCGGUGGUAAUGAGUUCCUUCACAAUGACCUUGGCGCGGCCGUGCCUUCUACCAAUGAUCGUAUCUCGCGGCAAUGAUCAGGUUGCCAUUUCAUCCAAAUUCGAGACUCGAGAAGACACGGCAGUCACUCGAAACUAUGGACAGUUGCUGGUGGAAACGGCUAAAACCGUUCCGGACGGAGUGGUAUGCUUUUUCACUUCCUAUCUUUACCUCGAAUCGGUGGUCGCCUCUUGGUAUGAUCAGGGCAUUAUUGACACCCUGCUUCGCUACAAGUUGCUCUUCAUCGAGACUCAGGAUAGUGCGGAAACCUCCUACGCUCUGAUGAACUACGUGAAAGCGUGCGAGUGUGGCCGAGGAGCCGUUCUGUUGGCCGUUGCGCGGGGACGAGUAUCCGAAGGGGUGGAUUUCGAUCAUCAUCUCGGGCGGGCGGUACUCAUGUUUGGCAUUCCUUACGUUUAUACACAAUCGAGAAUCCUGAAGGCGCGGCUGGACUAUUUGCGGGAUCAGUUCCAGAUCAGGGAGAAUGAUUUCCUCACGUUCGAUGCGUUGAGACACGCGGCGCAAUGCGUUGGACGAGCUAUUCGCGGUAAAACGGACUACGGUAUUAUGAUAUUCGCGGACAAGCGCUUCAGCCGGCAGGACAAACGAGGGAAGCUCCCCAAAUGGAUCCAGGAACAUUUAACCGACAACUACUGCAAUCUGAGCACUGAAGAAGCAAUGCAGCUCGGAAAACGGUGGCUUCGUCAGAUGGCACAACCAUUCACUCGUGAGGAUCAACUGGGUGUAUCGCUUCUCACCUAUGAGCAGCUCCAAACCAUGGAAACGGAGAAGCUUGAAAAACAAGCCCAAGGGAAAAAGUAAAGUUGUGCUAUCGAUUUAGUUUAUUGUUGCAUUACUCUCACAUAAGUCACAUCAUUCAUACAUCGAGCUGGUUACCGAUAGCUUGGAUGACUAUUCAAUAAUUGAAAAAAUAAAAAUAAAUCCACCCUACCUACUAUUUUUCGACAUGAGCUACGUUUGGAACAGAUAUUUGGAACACCAUACCAAAAUUUAACAAAAAACCGCUGAUCAUACAUUUCAAUAAUUACCUGGAAAAGAGUUUUCUAUGUAUUUUUGAACUAAACAUGUAUUGAAAUCUGUUCAAACAAAAUUGUGAAUAUGUUAAAAACGUAGGAAUACAUUUGUAUAGAUAUACUUUUUUUUUCUCUCUUCCGAGGUUCAGUCUCGUGCGUUGUUUUUUUUUUGUAAUGGUCAAAUUCUGCCGACCGGUUAAUAUACAAUAGCCUGAAACGAUGAGAGAAAAAAAAUCUGUUAAAUAUUUGAUUAUUUUUAGGUGUGUGAUUAUGGGACUUUAAAUUCGUGAAGGAGUUCGAGACAAGACAAUCGGACUAGAUCCAAGCAAAUAACACCGACCAUAGACUGGAAACUCGGGACAUGGGAUUGCAAGUCUUACUUUCUUGCGAGUACCCAAUUUUUUGUUGAGUAAAUGUUGAUUUGUUGAAUUUUCUAUUGCGUAAAUGUUGAGAGCCCGCAAUUCCAAUUAGCAGCACCGCAGAGACCGUAAUCGGGUAUGAACAACGAGGUCAACGGAACGAAUGGUUUGAUUAGUGCCGAGCGCUUCUAACUCGACAAAACGUGGGACACUAUCGACUGAAGUGAAGAGAACAAACGCAUCUGUUGAGGAGGCGGAGUUGCUUUAUCGUUCUCGAGAAUCGUGGGAAUUUUUCAAGAAGCUUAUAGCCUACAGGAAAAAACCGAUCCAGGCGAUACUACGAGGAGACUGGGGUACCUCAAGGAUCGGUUCUUACCAUGGGGUACUGGGGUACCUCAAGGAUCGGUUUUUCUAAUCGCCAUGAACAGUCUGUUCCAGGCUCUGCCGAGGGAAAUUUUCGUAUUUGUCUACGCGGACAACAUUUUUCUGAUAAUGGAAGGAGACACGCACAAAACACAACGCAUCAAAUGGCAGGAAGUUGAAGGGCUUUAACUCACAGCGCAGAAGAGCGGCCAUAUGGUGAUUUGCUGCCAUAAACACCAGGGUACCAACCCCAAGAUGAAACUGUAUAACGACUUCAUCUCGCGCCAUAGUAUGCUGAAGAUCCUUGGAGUAUUGGUUGAUCCCAACUUUUGCUUCCAGUGCCACUUGGAAAAUGCUAAGAAGAGCGGCGCUACUCGGUUAAACUUGCUCAAAACAAUCUCUAAACCCCAUCAGUGCAGCAACAGGAAGAUACGUCUACCGUCUCACCUCUGACCUUGAACUGACGCGUUUGACCGGAGACAGGCUCCCAAAAACACUGGCACGAAUUUACAACAAGGCAUUACGGAUUAUCUCAGGUCUACUGCCUUCCACGCCGGCAGUCUGUAUGCGCUGAAGUGUGCGAACCCACUUUCCCACGUCACAACGUGGCAGCGGGCGUCACACUCCAACCACCCUGCAUUGGUACAACUAAUCGUCUUAGGGACGAAUGAUUGGACGUUCCCAGCUGUUCGGAUGGAAACCGGUGUCAAGAACAACUUCCUAGUUAGAGCAAGCUCUGUAGGCCUGUAACACACUUUCAUGGCAAUUACAGCAGAAAAAUGCCGUUUCCACCAAAGAAGAUACACCGACGGCUCUAAGGGAUCAUCGGGUAAGUGACAGAAAUAAGAGCGCCAUCGACGCCAUCGGUGCAACCAAGCUUAGAUAUCCAUGGAUACAAGCGGUCAGGAAGUACCUAUCGCUUGAUACUUGAUACUCGUGUGUGUAGCGUACCGCAUACUAAUCGAUAUUCCUAAUGCGCUGGGUAAGAUGAGCAACCCCAUAAGCCGUUAUACGAAUUAACGAUUAAAUGUAUCGGAAGAUAAAUAAUAAAUUAUGAUCAUAACAAUUAGCGAUCUGGAAGCUAACACACGUAUAUGUAUUCUGUAAAUCUAUAUUCAAACUCCGAAGUAUAUCGUGAAGUGUGAAAACAUAAAAACUGGCGACGAGGAAAAGUGAUUCUCAUACGGAAUAAUUCCUGUAGCAAGGAAAUUUCAGAGUGAGCUGAAUAUCUUUCCUGCUCCCACCGAUUUGGUCAGUUUACAUUCUGCCGUGGAACCAUCGUUCGAAAUCGCAAUAUUGUCAUCAUUCCCGAGAGUUGGCAACUCACAAUAGAGAUGGGCAAACCGUUCACGAACGGUACGAAAGAACUAGUUCGCCGAAAAGAGUGAACGAGCGGUCGUUCUUUUUCAAAGAACGAUAGUUCUCCCCACGAACUGAUUGCGAGCGAACGGUUUGUGAACGAACUGAUUUCGUAAGAACGGUUUGCGAGCGAACUGUUUGAGAGUGAACUGUUGGAGAGUGAACUGUUUGUGGACGAACUGUUUGCGAGUGAACUGUAUGGGAAAGAACUGAUUGAGAGUGAACUGUUUGGGAACGAACUGUUUGAGAACGAAGUGUUUGCGGGCAAAUUGUUUGCGAACGAACGAGUGCAGCUGAACUGAUUUGCGCUGGUCAGAAUGGAUAAAUAUAACGAGAACGCUUGUAAAGAAAAUAAAGCGAUUUGUCAUUUAUGAGCAAAAUGCGUGUAACGCAGGGUUUAUUUUGUUAAUGUAUUCUCAA